GCGCUAAUGACAGAUGAAACAAUAUCCAACGUGCCAAUCCUUAUCUUGGGUAACAAAAUCGACAGACCAGAGGCCAUCAGUGAGGAGAAGCUGCGGGAGAUCUUUGGGCUCUACGGACAGACCACAGGAAAGGGAAAUGUGCCACUGAAAGACCUGAAUGCACGCCCCAUGGAGGUGUUCAUGUGCAGCGUGCUGAAGAGGCAAGGCUACGGCGAGGGCUUCCGCUGGCUAUCGCAGUACAUUGACUGAUACUUGGAUGGACACAAGAGUUUUACUCCUCUGGACUGAUCCUGUUCACAGCUUCCUAUGGACUUUUCUAUUUAGAACACGGAAGGUUUUCCAACCGCAUACUGGCGUUGACCAAGAGACUCCUGGUUUUCGGCUGCCCUGUCGCACAGUGGUGACACAACUCUUUUCCACGUGACGGGGAGGCAGCACCAUUCUGCACGCGGGUGCGAGUCAUCCCCUUCAGUUCGGUUACAGCGGGGCUGGUGUGAUGUGGGAAGUCAAACUCUGCACGCUGCACUGUAACAGCUGAGAAAGAGAGCACGUCUCACCACUGUGGUUAAUUGACUUAAAGGAAGAAAAAGCAAUUAUAUUUUUUAAAGAAAGUGUUAAUGUAAACAGCGUCCCUUCUGACUUUUUAGUUUAACGUUCAUCUUGUUUAGUCCAGAGUCUGGUUAGGGUUUUUUAAAAAUAUAUUUAACGAUAUUUAGGUAUUUCACAAAUUACUGAACCAAGGUAUCACGAUAUUAGAAGUCCUUAAUAAACAUAGCAUUUGGGCUUAACCGA